ACUGUGCAUACUUGUCGGACAGAGUUGUCCUUCAGUUAGCCUGUUAGCCUGAAUGUUUGGUUGUUUGCAGCGAGCUUGUUUUUAUUUAUAAACAGCUACGUAGUAGAGGAACUACUAACUUGUGCGGUAUGGCGGCAAGGUUUUUGCCCGUAGUUAAACUGGCCACCAAGCUGACCAUUGCAGGAGGAGCUGUGUACGUUGCCUACGACUCGGGACUGUUGGGAAGUAGUGAGAAAGGCUCAGAGGCUUUGGGGAAGGCCAAGGCUGCAGUACCACCAGCGGUCGAGGAGUGGAUGAAGUAUUUUGGUCUGCAGGCUCAACUUCCAACUAUGCCUCAGAUUGAAUUCUCCCCUGUUAAGUCAUGGAACUCCGGAGUGCGGUGGACAAUUUCAGUGCUGUCAGAGGCCCCAACAAAAGCAACUGAAUACACAAAUAAAGGGUUCCAGUACCUGAAAGACCUCAGCAAAUGAAGACAAAAACUCUGAACCUGACAUUUUAUGACUGUUGAAGUAGUAUUACCCGUGUAAUGCACAUAUCAAAGCUGUUAAGCCAACACAGGAAAUAAGACAAAACCAACAAACACAGAAGCUAACCUCUGAGAGUAACAGUCAAUGUCCUGAAUGGAUACCUUUGUAUUUGAUGAUAAAGGCAUGAAUUGGAUGUUGUAUAUUAUGGAACAAAGGAGAACAUUUAAUAUUAUAUGUAUCGUAUACUUAUUUUUGUUCAACACUUUAGAUGAAAUAUGUAUAUAUUUUCCCCCUUUAGGCAUGUCUACCUUUCUCAGAACACAUGGAGUGCCAAGUCACCAUUUAUGACUGAAUAUCAACUUCCAAACUUGUGUGAUUUAUUCACCAAAUUUAAAGUACAUGUUGAUUUGUGUAUGGAAAGAAAAGGUAAAAACAAAUAUAAAAAAACCCUUUAUUAAUCAUGUCAUAAUUAUUACACAGUUGCUUCAGUCAUCUUAUAGGGAAACUAUAAGCUGCAGCUCCCCCACAAGGUGAUGGAGAGCAUGAACAAGCAUUCUGUCAUCUGUAACUCCACUGUGUACAACAUCGAAACGCCGCACAGCACCAGUGCUGGAGGCAAAUAGUGUUACCCUUUUAUGUUCAUGUGAGUUUCAACAAAUGGUAUAGAUUCAGCCACACAUUGUCACUAUUUCACUGCCAAGAUACAGACACGUUUGGAAAGAAAACUCCAGCUACUCUUACAAUGAUGCAUGCAGAGUUUUUGACAACCAAAUCACAGAAUGGUAACACCAGAAUGUGUUAACACGAACAUCAGAGAGGAUACACUGAAUGAUUUUUUUCUUUUUAAACUGAGCAGACUAAGACCAAUUCUGAAACAAGCGCAUAGUGACAAAGUCGGGAUGAAAUCCAUACUGCUAACACCUGUGGAAUCGCUUUACUAAGAGCUGGUGAUGUGUUGAGUCAUAUUGGGAGAGUAAUCACGAGAGGUAACUUUACAAUGCAUUUUACAUAAAUUGCAGAUUAAAUACUGUUUAACCGUA